UAUAUAUAUUGGAAAGACGGUAACAAACGAACCAACCCAGAAACAUCACAAAAAAGCCAUAGAACCCCAUGUGUGAGGCAUUGAAGAAAAACUACCAGCUGUGUGAGGAAAUUGGCCGUGGCAAAUUCGGCACAAUAUCGCGAUGCUUUCACUCGAUCUCCGGUGACUUCUUCGCCUGCAAAAUCAUUGACAAAAGAUCUCUCGCUGAUGCCACCGACCGUGAAUGCCUCGAGAACGAGCCCAAGAUCAUGACCCUUCUCACUCCCCACCCCAACAUCGUCAAACUCUUCGACAUCUUCGAGAACGACGACUUUCUCUGCAUGGUAAUGGAGCUCUGCGAACCCUUUACUCUGUACGACAUGAUAAUCCAAAGAACUCUUUCUGAGCACCAAGCUGCUUUGCUUAUGAAGCAACUUCUCGAGGCUUUAUCUCAGUGUCACAAACUAGGGAUUGUGCAUAGAGAUAUCAAGCCGGAGAACUUAUUGUUCGAUGGAAGGAACAAUCUGAAAAUGGCGGAUUUUGGGUCGGCUGUGUGGUUACCGGAGGGGAGGAGCGUGAAAGGGGUCGUGGGAACGCCGUAUUAUGUGGCGCCGGAGGUGUUGAUGGGGUGGGAGUACAAUGAGAAGGUAGAUGUGUGGAGUGCUGGGGUCAUUUUAUACAUAAUGUUGGCGGGGGUUCCGCCGUUUUACGGCGAGUCGGCGGCAGAGAUUUUUGAGGCGGUGUUAAGGGGGAACUUGAGGUUUCCGACGAGGAUCUUCCGGACGGUGUCGCCGGCGGCAAAGGACUUGGUGAGGAAGAUGGUUUGUAGGGAUCUGUCAAGAAGGUUAUCUGCAGAGCAAGCAUUGAGGCACCCAUGGAUCCUAAACGAAGGAAAAGCUAUGCAGUAGACCGUGAAGUUACUUCAGAAUAAUCAAGAAAGCAAGCAUCAUAGCAAGCAAACGCAGUUUGUAUCAUAUGGUUUGGAGAAUCCCAGUCUUUCCCCGCCUUGUCUUUUUUUAAAUUUUUCAUCGAGAAAAAGAUUAGGAAGUGAGAAAGCAUAUGAUGACAAAACCAAGAGUUUUUUUUAUUCCUUUUGAAGUGUAUGAGGGGCCAUGAUCAUCUGGGAAUGCAUGUUUCAGGGAACAUAAACGUGUUUUCGAGUAUGGAAUCUAUAUAUGUUUAUCGUUUUCCUCUCUUUUGUUCUUUUUUGGUGGUAUAAAUGUGCCAUUCUCGAUGAAGAUAUGUAGAAUAUGGUUUGAUAUAUUCCAUUUCCUGUGUUCUAUGC